AUGGAGUUCUGGAAGUUCAUAUGGACAGCUCAGACACGCAGGCCCAAGUUGAAGUGCACCCGUUACAGCUCAACUCCGUCUCAGCUACUUCGCUUGUAUCGAGGUCAGGGAGACAUCAAAGAGAAUUAUGUCGUCGAAGUACCCUGCACCACCGACGAUCCAUCCAACCUGACUUCGAUGGACCCAGCCGGCGAGGCUUCCAACGCGAGCUCUGAGGGUAUACAACCCCAAGGUGGACAAGUCCGGUUGGCUCCUCCCCUGCCGGACGCUAAAUGGGAUCCUACCCCUCUCUCAACAGAAGACGAGGACGAUGAGCCCAAAUGGACAGAGAUACAGCUGGCAUCUCGGAUCGGGGACCUGGGACGCGUGAGCGAGAUCUUGUCGGCUUGUGAUAGCAUCGCCCAGAGGUUGGAGGUGGUCAAUCACCCCCCGGUGGGAUACUAUGGGCAGACGGCACUACAAGCCGCUUCGAUGCGCGGUCACCGUCUCGUUGCUCAGGCUUUGAUAGAAGCAGGGGCUGAUGUCAAUGCUCCGGGAGGGAACAAUAUAUAUCGCAAUGCUUUCGAGCUUGCCUGUGGUACAGGAAAUCUCCGUCUAAUCCGCCUAUUACUCGAAGCUGGCGCAGUAGUUGACCCAAAGAAUGUCACGAGGUAUCAAGGCCGUACGCCUAUCCAGGCCGCAGCUGAGAGUGGUCACGAGGAAGUCGUACUGCUUCUUCUAGAUCUCGGUGCCAACAUCAACGCGCCAGCAUCACCCAGCUCUGGUGUCACCGCUCUGCAGGCAGCAUGUUUCCAGGGACAUACUAGCUUGGCAAGACUACUGAUUGAUAGAGGCUCAGAUGUCAACAGCCCUCCAGGAAAAUCAAAUGGUUACACUGCCCUGCAGGGGGCUUGCCUGGGAGGAGAAGAAGAUAUCGUCAGGCUGUUGCUUGACAGUGGCGCCGACGUCAACGCGCCUGGAAGUCCGUAUAAUGGAGGAACGGCUUUACAUGCGGCAGUCUCUCGAGGCAACAUGAGGCUUAUCAAUAUCUUGCUAUCUGCCAACGCAAACCCCAACAGUCAGGCAGGCCAACGGAGGCAAACUCCUGCUCAAAGUGCACAUUUAAUAGGGCGACAAGACAUUGUUGAUGCAUUGAGAAGUUCUGGCGCCACUGGGAUUCUAACAGGCGGGACGAUCUUGUUCGACACGAGCAGGAUAAGAACAUGGGCUAAAGAUGAUAUUGGGCAUACGGCGGCCUGA